AUGGUCCGGCCUGCGCGUAUAGGGCAUUUUCUGGGCGCGACCGGCCUCCCCCGGACCCACCUGGCCUGGAGUUUCCGCACCCAGAACCCUCCCUCUCACGGGCCACGUGUCUUCAGUGCAGACCCUCCACUCUCUCAAUUCCGCCAGUAUAGACCUCCUCUCUCCCCGACAUCAUCGAAAGCAAUCCCCCUACAGAAGAUCGCCCGAAACAUUUCCAACACAGAACUUCCAUCCAAUUCCUCCUCGACUGCCAGCCCCCCUCCUCCGGGACAGAGCACGCCUCAGGUUUCGGGAGUGAACUACACCCAUAUUCCAGCAGGAGUCGGGGAUUUGGAACUACACCUCACAGCAGGCUGCGCGGCGAAGAAGCGCGGACCGAGGGGAAGAUUUGCCCUGAAGCCUCCUGGGAUUGGCUCUGAAGAGCUGGGGCUCCGGGAAGACACGCUGAGGGUCCUAGCUGCCUUCCUUAGGCGUGGUGAGGCUGCCGGGUCUCCUGUUCCAACUCCACUCAGAAGCCCUGCCCAAGAAGAGCCAACAGACUUCCUGAGCCGCCUUCGAAGAUGUCUUCCCUGCUCCCUGGGGCGAGGAGCAGCACCCCCUGAGUCCCCUCGGCCUUGUUCUCUGCCCAUCCGCCCCUGCUAUGGUUCAGAGCCUGGCCCAGCUACUCCAGACUUCUAUGCCUUGGUGGCUCAGCGGCUGGAACAGCUGGUCCAAGAGCAACUGAAAUCUCCACCUAGCCCAGAAUUACAGGGUCCCCCACCCACAGAGAAGGAAGCCAUACUGCGGAGGCUGGUGGCCCUGCUGGAGGAAGAGGCAGAAGUCAUUAACCAGAAGCUGGCCUCGGACCCCGUCCUGCGCAGCAAGCUGGUGCGCCUGUCCUCCGGCUCUUUCGCCCGCCUGGUGGAGCUGUUCUGUAGCCGGGAGGACAACUCUCACCCAAGCCGAGCAUGCCCCGGGCCGCCGCCUCCUUCCCCGGAGCCCCUGGCCCGCCUGGCCCUGGCCAUGGAGCUGAGCCGGCGCGUGGCCGGGCUGGGGGGCACCCUGGCCGGACUCAGCGUGGAGCACGUGCACAGCUUCACGCCCUGGAUCCAGGCCCACGGGGGCUGGGAGGGCAUCCUGGCUGCCUCACCCGUGGACUUGAACUUGCCAUUGGACUGAGCUCUUUCUCAGAAGCUGCUACAAGAUGACACCUCAUGUCCCUGCCCUCUUCGUGUGCUUUUCCAAACCUGCCUUUUCAGCUCAGGGCUGUGGGGUGGUGGUCGCCCUACCUGUUUUUGCCAAAAAUAAAUUGUUUAAAACUUUUUGUAUUAAAAAUGUUACAAAGU